GGGACAAGGCCUAGUGUUUCUGCAUAGCUGCCCACUUUCAGGUAACAGUCAGUUGGAAACCCAACUCACCGAGCAGGAAUGAUUGGCUGUCAGUGGCGUCCAUGCCAAAACGGGUGACAGCAGGUCACACUAGGUAUCACCUGACGUGAAUCAAAGAACUCGAGAGUGAGUUUCAGCGUUCAUAUCUUCUCACAUAUUUGCGACAUACCUCCCACCACCGAAAUUGAUAACCCCUAUCUUAAAAGUCAACAAAACCCUGAACAAGACAUAUAGGCCUAUCAAGUUCACAGCCCCAAGCUUCAUUUUGGGAUGGUGCUCGACGCCUAUCUUUCAUCUGCAUCAAGCUGCCUAUCCCAGCUGCUCACCAACGCUGUCCGAGCCUUCAGGCAACUUGGAAGCAUGAGAAGGAAGACUGUUCUUAUCGUGGGGGCAAACCGUGGGAUCGGAAACAAUCUCCUGAAGGCAUUUGUUGAGGAGUCAUGGGACGUUACAGCCACCGUUCGGCCCAAAACACGCACAGAAAAGGAUCCGACAGUUGUGGAACUCGAGAAAGCAGGUGUGAGACUCUUGGAGCUAGAUUAUCUUGAUGAAGCCACCAUCUCUCGAGCAGCGGCUCUUUACGGUGCCGAUCGACCUCUUGACCUCCUCAUCAACGUUGGCGGCCUCUCGCCUCAUCCAAAGCCAUGGCAGGAGCAAACAGGGGAGAUGAUGGUGGAGAAGUUCCGCGUAAUGGCUGUUGGCCCUAUCCUUACCAUCGGGCACUUCCUCCCGAGCUUGGAGCUUGGCGAUAACACAAAGAUAGUCAAUAUCUCCUCCGCCUUUGGCUCAGUUUCAAAGAACUCUUUUGGUACAUGCAUGGCCUACCGUAUGGCGAAGACGGCUCUCAACCAAGGCACUGUCACCAUGGCACGUGAGUGGGAAAAGGAAGGACGAAAGCUGACGAUGGUGAAUGUCGAGCCUGGAUUCAUCUCGACCCGGCUCACAGGGUGGGAUGGGGUUGACGAUAUGACAACCUGUAUUGCUGGCUUAAUGAGGGUAUUCAAGGACAUUACGCCCCAGGACAACGGAACCCUCAUAAAGUGGGACGGGAACAGAAUUCCAUACUAA